AUGGUGACCCAAAAACAUAUUGACUUGAAUGCACCAUUGGAUGUAAAUGUCCCAUCGACGUUGAAAAAGUCACCAUUGACUCCUGAAUUGGCGAAAGCAGCAAUAACUUUACAUGGAGAUCGCUACAAGCAAUCGCAAGCUAAUUUGACUCGAUAUGUCAUAUGGCACCCCUAUUCAAUAGCCUUGUAUUCGUUAAUUUUCCCAUCCAUUUUGGUUUAUUCGUUGUGGGAUUACUUUGAAAUUAGUGACAAUUUGGUUGAGUUUUAUACAAUUGCAUCGAGGAACAAGAGAGAUUUUGCCUUUCACGUAAUUUCGGUUGCACCUUUGAUUGCCAGUGUUUUUGGAAUCUUUGGAUUUUUUUCAUUUAUUUUAGGUGACGAAGUUGGCACCAUUACCGAUCGAUAUGUUGCUCAGAAAUACUGUGACUUUACUUUUGGGUUUGACAUCAAAGAAUUUGCUCAGGAUCCUAAAACGCCGCUCUUGAAAGAGGGAAAGAAUUCGGAAUUGGUAAUUUACAGAGACCAACCAAUUGCUAUAGCUACAAUCAAACCCGAUUGGGAGCAAUCGACGCCAGAAAAUUUUAUUGUUCAAAUCACUGGUCUCCAUGUGAGGAAAGUUUUCAACAAGAUUGAUUUUGAUCAGAUGUUGAUUGAAUGGGCAGUUUUAAGAUCAAGAGAAUUGUAUCAGACUUAUUUAACUCUGAAGAAUUCCAAGGUCAAGAAUGGAACUAUAUUGAUUGUUACAGAUGCUUAUUCAUUUGACAAAAAAUUCGAGAAAACUUUGUUCAGCUCCGGAUUUAGAAUCUUUAAUUCAUCGUACGAGUUGAACCCAUUCAGUCCUACUUUGAAAGGGUACCAAGAGGUUUUGCACAAACUUCUUGGUCUUAAAAGAGAUACUUUUGGGAUUUUGUUGACCACGGAAAAAGAUGAUGUUGAUUUACUCAAAGAAAGUGAUUUACUUGAAAAAGAUCAAGUUAGAAAAAGAAGACACUAA